AUGACAGAUUCUGAUAGAGUUCCUUUUAGUGGGGUAGAAGUAAUUCUUGAAUCUCGAGUUAUUGUUGAAUCCAUUCACCUAAGCAAGUCUGACAUAGAUGUUAAUCUCACUAUCAAAGGAGGUAUGAGAGGGGUGACUUCAAAGUUUCUAACUGAGAAAGCCUUUUCUUUUGUCAACGUUGGUAGCAUGGUGGCCUUUGAAGUUAUUUUUUCCUUACUCAUAUAUGGUUUGGUCUUGUUUCCCAACAUUGAUAAUUGUGUUGAUGUCAAUGCUAUGAGGAUCUUCUUGAUUAGGAAUCUGGUUCCAACUUUACUCGGUGACACUUAUUUCUCCAUUCAUCAUAAGACUUCUAAAGGAGGUGGAACUAUUAUCUAUUGUGUGCCUUUACUUUACAAGUGGUUUAUUUCGCACUUGUUGCGGUCUCAUAUCUUCAAAGAAAACAAGAGUUGUUUAAGGUGGUCUCAAAUACUUAUGUUUCUCACCAAUGAUGACAUACGUUGGUAUUCUCAUUUUUACGAUGACGUUGAUAUUAUUGAUAGUUAUGGGGAGUUAUCUAAUGUUCCUCUUCUUGGUACACAAGGGGGAACCAACUACAAUCCGGCUUUGGCAAGAAGUCAACUUGGGUUCGCUAUGAAGGAUAAACCUAAUAACACUUUGUUAGAAGGUUUAUUUUUCCAAGGGAAAGACACUAAAGGAUUCAAAGCUAGGAUGAUACAUGUUUGGCACAAUAUUCAUAGGAAAGGAAAAGGUAAGCUUGGAUUAAAGAACUGCAUAGCCUUAGAGCCUUACACUAGUUGGGUGAAGAAGAGAGCCAAAGAAUUCAAGAUUCCAUACACUUAUGAAAGAUCUAUGUCUUUAGUAAUGAUCAAAUCUCCCGCUAUUAAAGGCAUAAAAGAGUUGCAAGAGGCUUUGGAUAGGGUCAAGCAAGAAAGGUAUGAUUGGGAAGAAAAAUUUCACACCUCAGACCUUGAGAAAGUAGAAUUGCAGAGGUAG